UGAUGCCCUACUGAAGGACAAAAGUGACAGCAUUACAGAAACAUCCACAGCUAAACCAAGUGGGGACGUCAACUUGGAUGAUGAUGAUGAUGACCACAAUGCAGACAGUGUUGCAGCACAUGAUGAUGAUCACACUGAAGAAACCCCCUUAGAUGAUAGCGGGAGUGUUUCCGAAUUAGCAGAGGAACCUGGAGCUGAUGAGGAGAUUAUGCUGCUACCUGACACUGAGCGUGAGAUCUCGGAGGCUGACAAGGCACAAGCAGAAAAAGUGUUAGCUGAGAAGAGAAAACAAGCUGAAGCCGCUGAAGCAGAGACAGUGCCCAAGACCGAGCAAGAACACGACGCCGAAAAUGAUGCGGACGAAGAUACAGUGGCCCCUUCGGAGUCCGCGGGAGACGCGCCUGCUCUUGCAGACGCUGCCGCGGACGACCAAGUCGGCGAUAAAGAGAAUGAAAACGAACAUGACGAGGCGGCCGAAGCCGAUGAAGAGAACUUAGUUCCCAACGACAUCCAGGAAAUUAGUCAAUUCGACGGUACCUGCGUGCAGUGCGCCGAAAGUAAGCCCUGCACCUACCGGUACGUCGACAAGGACGGAGACUACAAGUACAUCUGCACCGAGGCCUGUCUCACCACCUUCCAGGAGGAACACCCCGGCCAGUAUAAUGUAUGUUCCAAGAAAUACACCGUGGAGGAAAUAACGCCCAAAACACUCACCUGCUCAGAAUGCGAGGAAAGUAAACUCUGCUACUUCUAUUACAACUACGACGGCGAAGACACGAAUUACUGCUCUCUCACCUGUUUACACAGUAUGAUGGCGGAUGAAAAGGAGAAAUAUGUUUUCAAACGACGGCGGAUGGCCAUUGAUGAAGUAACCCCGACAGAAGCAGAGUGUCUAGUCUGUAAAGAAACCAAACCAUGCUCGUACGCAUUCAAACUGUACGGCGAGCAUGUUGCCGUGUGCGAACAAACCUGCAUUAAGGAAUUGAAUAGCAGAGAAAAUGGCAGGUUCCACAUAAAAAAGAAACGAGUCACUCGUAAAGCGGCUGCGCAAGCGGCGAGUGUAUCAAAUCCUCCUCUCCUCAAAUUAAAAGUAAUAAGCAAUGCAACAGACAAAUAUUUGGACGAGGCGUACAAACUACAACCCAAGACACCGGCCAUGGUGCAGGCGGCCAGGGAAGAGAGAGAAAGGACAUUUGUCAGAAAAUGCUUUCAGUGCAGUCUACAACUAGACUUAGAAAGCGAUAAAAGUCUGACGUGGGAAACCAUGGACUUCUGCAAUGAGGUGUGUCUGGGAAGGUAUCAGAACAAGAUAGGAGCGCGUUGCGCCAACUGCAAAAACACGGUCACGCACACUAGUUUAGGAAAAUACUGUGUAAGGUUCGGGUAUGAUAUCCGACAGUUCUGUAACUCUGGAUGCUUGGAAGAGUUCAAAAAGGGGCUGAAGAUAUGUUGCUAUUGUCAAAGAGAUAUAUCGGUCGGUCACCAAGGCUUCCUGGCGCCAGUAGGAGACAAGGGCCAGUUCAAAGACUUUUGUACUCAGAUCUGUAUGGAGAAGUUCGAUCAGAUGAGCAAGAGCCCGCUACCACAGCCGGUGUGGGCUAAAUGCGCCGUCUGCUCUCUGGAGAAAGGGACGACAAUAGAGGUCGAAGUUAGUGAGAAUAUCUUACAAAGGCUUUGCUCCGAUCCAUGUUUUGCCGCUUUCAAAUUCGUCAAUAACAUAUUCCCAGACCAAUGCCGUUGGUGCAAGAAAUACUUCGAGCGCAAAUCCUCAAACUGCUUCACCAUCUAUGAGACCCAGUCCCCCGACUGCUUCUGCUCCAAGUCGUGUAUGAACGUGUACAUCAGCAACUCGAGACACAUCGUGCCGUGCAACUGGUGCAAAGUGAAGAAGUACAACUUCGACAUGAUACGGCGGGUGCAGGGCUCGGGGCAGGUCGUUAUGAUGUGCUCGCUCAACUGCUUGAAUCUCUACCAGGUCUCCGUGAACGCAGUGUCGUCAAGAAGAAUAAAAUGUGAUAUGUGCAAGCGAACGUCUCUGGCACAGUACCACUUGACUAUGUCGGAUGCAACAGUUAGGAACUUCUGCACGUAUCAAUGCGUCAUGGCAUUCCAGGGUCAAUACUCAAAACAUACGCCGCCUCUAAUGCCGGGAGAAUCGAUGGACCAACAGAAGGCGGUGCCCACGGGCGUCCCCAGGCGGACCUACUCCGGCACAGGCCAUAAAAACAACGGUAAAUCCGUAGCAAAGACGCAAACGCGGUCGUCGGGCCUGCCGGUGAUCUCCAACGUGCAGUCGCUGGCCGCGCCGCCGCCCCUCAUGCCGGCCAUGACCUCCAUGACGCGCGCCAAGGCCAAGCGGCUGCAGCCUCCCCCUCCCCCCGAGCCCGAGCCCCCCGCCGCCCCCAAGACCCCCCCGCCCCCUCCUAAACCCCCCACACCGCCGCCGCCCCCGCCCCCUAAAAUAUACAAUCACGUCAUAGUCAAAACUUUGCCUCCCCGGGAGGUAGCCAAUAAGGCGACUAUGUCGAAGCCGAUGAUGAUUUCGAAGGGAGUCUCCUGCCGUCCGCAUCCGUGCACUAAAGAAUGCCAGACCGACCCGAGCUUGGAGCGGCGCGUUCUCAUACCGGUCCCGGUGCCUAUAUACGUCCCCGUUCCUUGCGCCAUGUGGUCGCUGCCGUUCCCUGUGCCGGUGCCGAUUCCGAUCCCGAUCCCGACCCCGGUGUUCAUACCGACGACGCGGAACUCCGCGAAGGGGAUCAUGAAGGAGAUCAACAAGAUCCAUGACAAGAUGCCGACGGAUCCGUUCGAGGCGGAGCUGCUGAUGAUGGCCGAGAUGGUCGCCGGCGACAAGAAAAAGGAUCAGAGUGACUCUGAUACUGAUGAUGAUAAUGAGGAAGGCUUCAGCCCAGUGGCCGGAAUAGACGGCAACAACGCUUUCGGCGAGGAUAUGCUGCAGAUGGCCCUAAAAAUGGCCACCGAGUACGAGGAUCAACCUGUCGACCUCGAGUCUGCCAUGACGGCCAACACGAUCACGCCGAGCUCGCACCCUGGCAUGCCCGGUCUGGAAGGCGAGCCGAUGCACCACCACCACAUGAUGGUGCUGGAGCAGCAGCGCGCGGUGGCGGCGCUGCGCGCGUCGGCGGCGGCGCCCCGCAAGCGCGCGCCGCCCGCCGCCGCCGCGCCCGCCGCGCGCGCCGCCACGCGCGCCAGCAAGCGCCGCCGCGCCGAGCCGCAGCCGCCGCCGCCCGAGCCGCCGCGCGAGCCCGCCGAGAAGCCCGACGCCAACAUGUGUCUCAAGUACACAUUCGGCGUGAACGCGUGGAAACAAUGGGUGAUGACAAAGAACGCCGAGAUCGAGAAGAGCUCGAUUCGACGGAAGCCGUUCAAGUCGGAAAUCCUCCAGCUGACCGCCGACGAGCUCAACUACUCGCUCUGUCUGUUCGUCAAGGAGGUGCGGAAACCGAACGGCAGCGAAUACGCCCCGGACACUAUUUAUUAUUUGGUUCUAGGUAUACAACAAUAUCUAUUUGAAAAUGGUAGGAUAGACAACAUAUUCACGGACCCAUACUAUGAAAAGUUCACGGACUGUUUGGACGAAGUCGCCAAGAAAUUCUCAGUCUUAUAUAAUGACUCGCAGUACAUAGUGACGCGAGUGGAAGAGGAGCACCUAUGGGAAAGCAAGCAGUUGGGAGCACAUUCUCCGCACGUCCUACUUUCCACACUAAUGUUCUUCAACACUAAACAUUUCAACCUAGUUACGGUUGAAGAGCAUAUGCAGCUAUCAUUUUCACACAUAAUGAAGCAUUGGAAACGAAACCCCAACCAGCCAGGACAGGCCAAAAUACCUGGCUCUAGGAAUGUUUUACUGCGGUUUUAUCCUCCCCAAUCGGCGCUUGAAGCGAAUUCCAGGAAAAAGAAAGUAUAUGAACAACAAGAGAAUGAAGAAAAUCCUCUUCGAUGUCCUGUCAAACUUUACGAAUUUUAUAUUUCCAAAUGUCCGGAGUCUGUGCGCACGCGCAACGACGUGUUCUACCUGCAGCCGGAGCGGUCGUGCGUGCCCGACUCGCCCGUGUGGUACUCCACGCAGCCGCUCAGCCGCGCCGCGCUCGCCAAGAUGCUGCACCGCGUCAAGAUGGUCAAGGAGAUCAACAUCGCGCUGCUCACUAGCUAAAAUUUCUCAAACCAGUGUUCUCGCCGGCUUCUAGAUUCGCAAUGCAACUCACUCGCGUUUGGUUUCGAUCCUUUUAUUUACUACGUACCAAUUCAAGCCUACAAAACAGUCUCCCAGAUGUUGUAAAGACGGUAAUUUUAAGCACAAUGUAUAUUUUUUCUACUUUGUAUAUCAGCCUGCUGAAAGGACGAUUAAUUUUAAAUAAAAAAAGAUUUAUCAAUACAAACCUUUUUUUACAAUGUUGCAAUGUAGCUGUAAGUUCUGUGCGGUAUGUACAGUUUUCAUUGGUACUAGGAUAAUUAUGAAAUCAACGGUAUUUUAG